AUGACACACGAUCAACCAUGCCCGUCCGAGGAGCCUCACGUCUUCACCACUGUCCGCUACGAUCCGGCUUUGCUGCAUAGUGCCGAGAACACGGAAGCAUCCUGCCAUCGCCCGUGCCCAUUCUACAUGUUGGAACAUCACUGGACUAGACUUCAGGUCGCAAAGUGGAACACCUCCAUGGCUGGUAGUGGUCCUUCCCAGUUGCUCCAAGGUCUACUCCAUGGCGUGAAACAAUGGCAUGCCAAAAACCCUGGCAAGGAGAUGCACAGCCUGCGCUGCAAGCAUCGAGUCUAUCCUGAUGGCCACACGACAAGUGAAAUCGCCCCAACGCCAAGCUUAUCGAUGGAGGAUCUCUUUCCAAGGACAUUGGGCAAAAUUGAAGGAGGUACUGAUGAAGUAGACUGGGUCGUCUACAUUGACCCGGACUCGUGCGAAGUAAGUGCAUCGACCAUGUAUAAGACCUGGGAUCGCUUCUUCUAUGACCGAGCAAGGAAGUCAACGGGUAUCACACACCUGUAUGACAAGAAGGAAGUGUUACUUUACAAUACUGAUAGCGAAAUUUUGGAUGCUUCGAUAUCCACACCAUACUUCUUUCGUGAUGGCAGGUGGGUGACACCCGCUGCAGCUUGUGGUGGUCAGCAGGGUACUACUCGUCGUUGGUCCCUUGAGCAGCGUCUUUGUGAAGAAGCUGUGGUCAAGAAGGAGAGUAUGCGAAAUGGCGAAAUCAUCUGGCUCAGCAAUGCUGUUCGUGGAUACUAUCGAGCUCGAUUUGUUGAGCACCUCAACGAAGAUUGA